UCCCAUCUUGGCUGGCAAACACUGCAGUGCGAGAGUUUUUUCUGGCAGGCAGAGGAGGGAGGACGGCACCAUGGCUCUGCCUGAGGGCCUGGACCCGCCCAGGGGCAAAUGGGUGGCCGUCGGGCACUUCCUGCUGCUUUGCCUCUCGGCCCUGGCACAGCCCGGUGGCCCCGCGGUUCCCUGCCCGGCUCUGUGCCAGUGCUUUGGGAACCUGACCGUCUUCUGCUCGGAUGAAGGUCUGGAGGACAUCCCCGAGGGGGUCCCCGCCGGCGCCACCCAGCUCUUCUUCGUGGGAGCCCCCCUGUUCUCGCUUCAGAGCGGGGCUUUCGCCAACAGAACCGGCAGUCUCCGCCUCGCCAAACUCGCCUUCCUGGGCAGCCCCCUGGAGUGUCUGGGACGCGCGGCUUUCGAGGGGCUGCCGGACCUCCGGGAGCUGGAGAUCUCGUCCAGCCAGCUGAGCGCUCUGAGCGGAGAGGCCUUUCUGGGCUUGACCAACCUCAGCACCCUCGCCCUCAAGUUCAGCCCCAUCAAAAGCCUGGAGACGGAGCUGUUCAGCAACACGCCGCGCCUAGAAGCCCUCCACCUCCAGGGGAACGAGGUCGAGUCUCUGCCCCAGGGCGUCUUCCGCCCGCUGUCAUCCCUCAAGACCCUCACCUUGUCCCAAAACCACCUCGCGGAGCUGCUCGCGGAGGUCUUCGGCCCGCUUUCGGCCCUGCGGGUGCUGAAGCUGAGCGACAACCGCCUGGCUGGCCUCUCCGCCGGCCUCUUCGGCCCCCUGAGAGAGCUCCGGGAGCUCUUCUUGGACGGCAACGCCCUGGCAGAGCUGCCCCCGGGCACCUUCGCCCCGCUGAGCGCCCUGACGCGCCUCCACCUCCAGCACAACGCCCUGGAGCGCCUGCCAGCCGCGGUCUUCUCCGCCCAGCGCAACCUCACCUUCCUCUACCUGGACGGCAACCGCUUGGCGGAGCUGCCCGACGGGCUCUUCCAGGGCACCCCUCACCUCGCCGAGCUCUCCCUGGCGGGCAACCGUCUCCAGAGCAUCCCCGAGGGGCUGUUUGGCAACCUGGGCAGCCUGGCGUUCCUGGGGCUAUCGCACAACCGCCUCGCCCACCUGCCCGCCGGGGUCUUCCGGGGCCUGAGCGCCCUUGCCAGGCUGCAGCUGAGCCACAACAACCUCACCGCCCUGCCGAGGGGCGUCUUUGCCAACCUCAGCACCCUGGAGGCCUUGGACCUGUCCCACAACCAGCUGGCCACCCUGUCGGAGGGGGUCUUCGAGGGCAACGUCAUCCUGGCCAACGUGGCCCUGAAGGGCAACCCCUGGACGUGCGACUGCCACCUGGCCCCCCUGAAAGACUGGCUCCAGGACACGGACCCCCUGAUCAACGCGCGGGCCUUGUGCAGGAGCCCGGCUCACCUGCAGGGGCUGAGCCUGCCGGCCGUGCAGAAAGAGCAGCUGGUCUGUCGGCGGGGCCUCGCGCCCUCCCGGUGCCGGGCGGAGCCGGGGAUGGACGAGACCUCCGCGGAACCCAGCGCCCGCCCUCCGUGCACCUACCAGGAUCCGGCAGGGGCCAUCCACCUGGCGUGCGACCGCGACGCUUGCCGCCAGCUUAGCCUGAGUCUCCCGCCAGGAGAGAGCCUGCAGGAGGCAGGGCAGCGUUUCAGCAAGGACUGGAUCCUGGACUCGGGCUGCGGCGCCGUGAAGGUCCAGGUGGCCGUGAGCAUUGAGCCCCUGCCCGGAGGGGAGGCGGCGGCAGCCCCCUCGGAAGCCCCCUGAGGCCAGCAUCCCCGCCCUGCCAGUGUGGUCCGGAGAACGGGGGGUGGCCCUC